AUGGCCCCUAUCAGAGUGGGCGUUGUAGGCUACGGAUUCGCCGCCAAGAGCUUCCACCUUCCUUUUAUAAGUGCUAUCCCCGACUACGAAGUCGUCGCCAUUCUCCAGCGCGCCGAGGCUCCCGCCGAUCCGGCCUCCGCCGCCGCUGGCUCGCACUGCACCGUCGAUUUUCCCAAGGCGCGACACCACCGCACAGCGGACGCUUUUUUCGCAGACGCCGAUAUUGACUUUGUGGUCGUCGCCACGCACACGGAUACACACGUUGCGUUCGCGGAGAAGGCUCUCGAGGCGGGGAAGCACGUCAUUGUCGACAAGCCCUUCGGCAGGUCGGCCGAAGAGGUCGACCGGGCGAUUGCACUUGCUCUGAAAAAGGGGCGCAUUCUCACAUGCUUCCAGAACAGGCGAUGGGAUGGCGGUUUCCAGACCCUGAGGCAGCUGGUUCACAAGGGGGCCCUCGGUGACGUUAAGGAGGCGGAGAUCGUUUACGACUUUGAGAAUGCGCCGUGGCUUCACACGAUGACCGCAACGAAGUACACCCCCGGCGAUGGCAUGGCCUUUGGCCUGGGAACCCACAGUGUCGACCAGGCUGUCACCCUGUUCGGCAGACCCAAGUCGGUGACGGCCUUCUUCCGCGCGCAGCGAGGCAUCGACAGCGAGGUGGAAGACUCGUUCACGAUUAUCCUGCAGUAUGAUGGUCCGCAAAAGGACCUCCUCGUCACCGUCAAGACGGCCGUGACGAGUCCUGUGGCGGAGCAGCUCAAGUUCUACGUCAGGGGCACCAAGGGAUCGUAUAUCAAGCACCAGCAACGCAGCACCUGCCCUCAGGAGGAACAGAUUGCGGCAGGCACGAAGCCUCUUGACGAGGGAUUCGGCGUUGAGUCGGACGACCUGCGCGGCGUGCUGACGACGUACGACGAGUUUGACUCGAGCGUCCAGACCCUCGAUCCCAAGACGAAAAAGUACACUGGGCGGUACCCCACCGUUACCGGCCGAUGGAUCGGCAUCUACGAGAACGUGGCAGAUGCCAUCAAUGGCAAGGCGGAGCUCGAGGUCAAGGCGCAGCAGUCGAGGGACGCCAUUCGCGUGAUCGAGCUGGCGAGGGAGUCCCACGAGAACGGAGUGACGGUCGCGUGGAAGUAG